AGACAGCAGACCGGCAGACAUCUUCAGAUUUUAAGUUGACAGAAUGCUGAUGAACCACACAAACCACACAGAGGAUGACCUCUUCUCCUGCUACGGUCCUUCAGUCGUUGGUUACCGGUACUUUGCGGUGCUGUGGGGAUGUGUUGUGACCAUCACUGGUACGGUGGGGAACCUGAUGACCAUUCUGGCCUUCGCCUUAGACCCACGUCUGAGGACUCGCUUCAAUGUGCUCAUCGUCAACCUGGCCUCAGCUGAUCUCCUGUACUGCACCAUAUUGCAGCCCAUAUCAGUUGACUCUUAUCUACACCUCAGGUGGCGCAGUGGUCAGCUCUGGUGCAGUAUCUUCGGCCUGCUCCUCUUCCUCUCCAACUCUGUCUCCAUUAUCACCCUCUGCAUGGUAGCAGUAGGCCGAUAUCUCCUGGUCACAAAAAGGGCCGUGUUUGACCGUGUCUUCUCUAACCGUGGUCUUAUUUCACUCCUGAUCUCAGCCUGGGCACUGGGCCUGGCCAGCUUUGGCCCACUUUGGCCUGUUUAUGUGUUCGUGCCACAGGUGUGCACAUGCAGCUUCCAUCGCACCAGGGGUCGUCCCUACAGCACCAUCCUGCUCUUUUUCUACUUCUUUGUUGGUUUGGGCUGUGUUGGUGUUUUCUACCUCCUCAUCUACAAACGUGUCCAGAUUGCCUCACAAGCUCUGCUCCGCUACAGGCCAAGCCGCCGGUCCUCCAGAAAGAAACCAGCUUCUUCAGCACAAGAGACUGAUGAUAGUGGUGUAGAGAGUGGCAUGGCAAAGACAUGUAGCUGUGAGAUAAGCAGCCAGGCGGAUCUAGACAAAAAUACGGAUGAGAUAACUUGUGAAAAAUCCUCCGAAUCUGUCCAGAGGUCUGCCAUGCCCCCAAGUUCAUCAGCAAUCAAGUCUCCCCCUGAUAUCAUCCCAGCAGCACCUUUAUCCACACCUGCUUCCACCACUGCAGCGCCCUCCUCCCACUCAGGAACUUCAGGAGAUGAUGACGAAUUUAAGCGUGUGACACGCAUGUGCUUCAUUGUUUUUCUGUGUUUUGUGUUCUGCUUUGUCCCCUUCCUGUUGCUCAACAUAGCCGACAAACAUAACCGCGCCCCGCAGAUACUGCACAUGUUCUGUGCAAACCUCACCUGGCUGAACAGCUGCAUCAACCCUGUGCUCUACGCUGUCAUGAACCGACAGUUUCGACAGGCCUACCAUGUGUUGCUUAACAGGGCUGUUGCACCAUUUAGCUGCCUCUGGACCUGGUGGUCACCUCUGAGAUCCUAAAGUGGGGCUUAAAUUUGCUUAACGUAAACCCAGUUUGAUAUUAUUCUCUUGAAGCAACACAGCCAUAGGGCAGCUUACAUUCCACCACUAUCAACUUUUGGUAUCGGAUACUAUUGUUUUAAUAAAUAACAAUUUA